AAUAAUGCUAAAAUAUGGUCGUUCCUGGUUUAUCUGUUUUGCUACAAUCUGCAAAAACAAAACUAAUUGUUCUUUCAUCAUUACUGGGUGUUGGUUCAAUUAUAUACUUUACUAAAAACUAUAUUCAGUAUGGAUCUUUCCUAGGAAGCAAUCAAACUUGUAAAACCAAGAUUUUAGGAGGAAAGCAAAUGGGAGUGCAACAAAAUAUAAUCAUACCAUCCAAAUUAGUGUUAAGAAAAAGAAGACAAAGUUAUGUUAGUAAUAGAAAAAGCAGUGUGUCUACAAUUAAAAGGCAUAGCUCAUUGCCUGGCAGCUCUUCUGAAAAAAAUUAUGCAAAAAUAGAUGUGGAUAAAGAGCUUGAUGAAGCUGUUAAAAACCUGAACAAAUCAAUGAACGAAUUGGAAGAAGUUUUAGGGUUACCAAAUAACAAUAAUUGUAAAUAUUGUAUUGAUAAUGAAAUUAUUCGCCUUCGUAAUCUUAUUGACUUAGGACAAAAUCCUCAGCAAGUCAUAACCAUGGCAGAAAACCAUCUUGCUAACAAUAAAAAUGAAGUUUAUGAAGAAUUAAUUCAAGAUGUAUUGUCUACUGACCUCAAUACAGAGUCUUAUAACUGUUUAGUUGAUGAAAUUCGAAAAAUUAAAGAUAUAGAAAAUGACUAUGACAGUGAUAAUGAUUCAUUUAUAUCAGCCUCUGAGUCUGUUGAUCUUCAGAUCAGCGAUAGUGAGAAUUAUGAAGCUAUUCUUACUUUUGAAAAAAAGUUAAAAGAACUUAUCAAGAAACACAGCUUUAAUGAUCUAUAUAUGUAUGGAAUUGAAUACUUAACUCACUAUGGAAUCCCAGUCAGGAGUAUAAGAGCGGAACUGCUUAAUUGUGAAAAUGAUGUUGACUUUUGUGUGAAAGUGUAUUGUCUACGACGAGCUUUUAAGGAUUUAUUAACUAACUCUGAUUGUCGUUGUUGGUUUAUUAGUUCUGGAAAAGAAGUUAUGGUUUCUUUGUUAAAGCAAGCUAACCAUGAUUAUAAUUGUUUCUCUGAAAAUUAUGAUAGUAUGCUUGAUUAUUGCUCAGACUCCAAUAACUGGGAAUGUAUUGAGGAAGAGCUAUCUUCAAGAGGAGUUUGCACCCUUAAUUUCUACGAUGUUGUGCUUGAUUUUAUGAUUAUGGACUCUUUAGUAGAUUUGGAGAAUCCACCCUAUUCUGUUACCACCGCCAUCCAAAAUAAAUGGCUCUCUACAAGAUUCAAAGAAACGGCUUUAUCUACAGCAAUAUGGGCAGUAAUUAAAAGCAAAAAGAGUAUGCUAAAGAAUGCAAAUGGCUUUUAUGCAAAAUUUUAUGACAUUUCAAUGCAUAUUACUCCAGUGCUUGCAUGGGGACUUUUAGGACCUGUAAAGGAGUUAAAUCAGUUAUGUUCAUCGUUCAAGGAUACAAUGUUGGGGUUUCUUCGAGAUAUCUUCAACGUAGAAAUAGUCAGUUAUAAAUCUGUUGAAAGUUUAUCUAAAGAUAUAUUUCGAAUAGCGAAGCAAAGAAAAGAAGAAUUGAUUUUCAAACUUUAAUAUUUAUAUUUUUUAUUUAUACUAUUUGAAAAAUAGUUGAGUGUUAAUUUAAAAUAUUUUUUAUUGUUGUACAGCAGCAUUUUAAGAGCUAUGAAACUUGUAAAUAUAUUCUAUUCUAAAACUAAAAUUGUUUACUUA